UGAGGGUAGAGAGGAAUACUGUAUUUCUAACAGCCAUUAGAUUCGCUUCAAAAUUGUCCAAAUGACAUUGUAGGUAUAUACAUUUUUUAUUUAUUCAACGGAAUUUUAAAAACGUCAUAUUUUUGCAGUCAUGCAUAGUUUUUUGGUUCCUGGAAGACGACUUUUUAUUUAUUUUAGGACUUAACGCGAACGACAUGUUGGAGUUUCCCCGCCAUGGACAGUAGGAUCUUAAUGUUCUUCUGACAUUGUGUUUAUAUCCUGUGAUAAAACCACACAAUGGGCCCGCUUUUCCGUCGAAUGUGAGUUUAUUCUCCGCGUUUGUUGUGCUCGCGACCACAGCGACAUGCGGUCGCCAUGGAGACGCAGCUCGUUGGCUCGGUGUCGUCCAUGCGAACGUCAAUCAAACCAUUCUCCCUUCAUCUAACCAUAAUAGAAACGUAAAUAUAAUCCGAAAUCCUAAUAAUGAAGACAUAACUGAGUUGCUUCAUAAAUGGGCUCCACGGAGAGGAAAUACGAGCUUUGUGGGCCUUUUUUGCCGAGGAGGCACCCCUCGUUGAAGACGAGUGCAGAGAUUGUUGGUGACGCAAGAAGGAUCCUGCGAGCUCAGUCCACCCAGAGACCUUACACCCCGAGAGAUGCACACAGGCAGCUUUUUGCAAGUAACUCAGUCCGUGCAGACCACAGCAGCAGACCUUCCUCGACCUUCAGUCUGCACGCACAGAAUUUUGAUGUCGGGGACUCCCGGCCGAGUUCAGGGACUCGUCUGUCUCCGCUGGAACAUAAGACAAAGAUUCCAGUUCCCGGAAACGAUGACGUUUCCAAGUCGUCUCCCAAACCGCCCACUGACCCGCUGGUCGCCAAGAGGUCGCUGGUGCGAACACGGGCGCGGCUCCUCAAGGCGACAUCUCUCACCAAGUUGCCUCCUUUGGCGGCACACGCAGAUGCUUUUCUGUGUGUAGCAUCACAAGAAAGAUUACAUCCGGGCCCCGCGAAAAAGCUGCCACCGGCCCAAGCUUUUGUUUCCGGAGACCACAAGGAGCUCUCCGGCGUGCCUCACGUAACUGCACCAGGUCGAAGUCAGAGUGAAAGCAGACUAUCGCAGUCCAGUGUUGAUUCCGGACUCGGAAGCUCGGAGUGCAGGGCAGGACCGAGAACAGAUUUGUGUGGGAGUGGAAAGAACAACACAAGCGCAGACUCGCGGUGGGAUACGAUCGCUCCUCUCCUCCAGCGGCUAAAGGCUGCGGCUGCAGGUAGCUGCGAGGGAUCACCGGAGAACCCGUGUGACUUGUGCGUCGCACUCUACGACGCCCUGGCAGCGUCGGGCAUGCUGGGCCCGCACCGAAGCAAAAGGCGAUCCAGCAUACUGCGAACGCUCUUCCAACUCAUCGACCACAACUCCCCGCCAUUGCACAUGCGUGUCGCCGAGCUGUGCCUCGCCUUACAUGUCAGCGGGAACAACCUGCUCAACAUCUGCAAGCUCAUCUUCCAGAUCAGUCGCAGUGAAGCCAAUGAUGUCCUCUUCCAGAACAACUCAGUCCUAGACUCGCUGCUCGGACUGCUGCUGCGCGAGGAUGCGUCCGUGUGCGGCGAAGCGCUGUUUUACUGCGCCGGCACGCUCAAAUUUCUCUCAGGGAACGCCGCCGUCGUCCGUCUCCUGCUGGACAAGAACUGCAUGAGCGCGGCUCGCGAUUUCAUCCAGAAACUCUGCAGGGUGGACGGCGCUCACGUCACAAUUGCCGGACACAUCCUCGUCCAGAUGACCGCCGCCCUGAGAAAUCUGGCCGACCACCCCGAGGCCCGUCCCCUCUUUGUCUCCCGCUCCGUGAUCUCGGAACUCUGCACGGUUCUGCGGUGCCAUCGCCAGGACCAAGACGUGUGCACCAAUGUUUCUCGAAUCUACAGUAAACUCUCCUCGUACGCGGAGUGCCGCCUCGCUCUGGCGCAGACCCCUGACUGCUACCAACUAUUUUUAGAACUCCUGAGCAAACACCACCAAAAACAGGACCUCGUCGUGCGUCUCCUCUUCACGCUGGGCAACCUGACGGCCGAGAGCGACGAGGCGCGCCACCGGCUCUUCCGCUGCGAGCCGUCCGCCGACACCCUGCUGCGGCUCUACGGCGACUACCAGCCGAGAGAGGAGGACUCGCCGCCUCCGGCGAGCGCGCGGGAGGCCGAGGACGUGCUGGUGAAGCUGGUCCGGGUGCUGGCCAACGUGUGCAUCCGCGAGGACGUGGGCGCCGCGCUGGCCGGCAACGCCACCUGCGUCCAGCUGCUGAUGGAGACACUGGAGCUGAGGUCCGUGGAGGUUUGCGAGGAGCUGACGGUGAAUGUGGCGGCCGCCAUUAAUAACCUGACGUUCUACCACAAGGAAAGCGCCGUGCUCGAACGCAGCCAGCUGGCCAUUGCCCGGUUGAUGCUGAAGUUGGUGCUCAGCUCCAACAUGGCCGCCAUGCUCGAGGCCACCCGCGUCUACGGGAACUUGUCGCAGUCCAAAGAUGUGCGGGACUUUAUAAUGCAGAACAAAGUUCACAGGUUUGUGGUGACGCUGUUGGACUCCAAGAACCCGGAUGUGUGCUUCUCGGCCUGCGGGGUCCUCACCAACCUGGCGCUGGACCCUCCCAACAGAGCCAGUCUCUCACUAGAGGGGGCCACAACCAAGCUGACGGACUGCCUGAGAGACUUGGGAGCGGGUGACUGGCAGCUGUCCGCUCAGCUGUGUCAGGCCUUGUGGAACAUGAGCGGCGGAGACGGCCCCGAGAAGCUGCUGGAAGCCCAGGACAGCGAAUCGCUGCUGGAGAUCCUUACGUCCUAUUUGGACAAAGACAAGGCUCUCAAGUGGACGGAAAAUGAGGACUACCACAGGGCAUCAUGGGAGUUGGAGUUCUGCCCUGUUGCCCAAAAACUUUAUCAUACCUGGUCAGUGAAAUGUGAAUAAUAUACUGUAUAUCAUCUAUCUAACAUCUAUAUGUACUGUACUUAAAUGACAAAUGUGAAUGUUUGUUUGUUGUGCUCCUGUCUUUUAAAACCCACAAUCAUGUGACUGUUUUUUUUUUUAAAGCACUUUAAAGUCCAUCCUCACAUAUCUUUACAACAUUUUGCACAUCUAAAUAACAAACUUUUGGUUUGGUUUUGUGAGCGUGUGUGUCGUAAAUUUAAUGGAAAUUGAUGAGUCGCCUCAUUUUCCAUUGGUAAGCAAAUGUUUUAUUGACAUGUAAACAAAUAAAAAGCACAGGAGGAAGCAAGGAAUGUUGUCGCCUCAAAGCCUUUAUUAUUAUCAUCAUGUUUCAUGUUACACAGACUCGGGGGGCCAGGCAGUGCUUACAAGUCGCCUAAAGUACAGCAUUUUCAAAGUCACAUGGUUGUUACAUCAACACAAGUCAGGAACAGCACUUCAUGUAUCAAGAUUAAAGAAAAACAACCUUUACAUCUCAUCAAAACAUUACUAGUGAUAUAAAAUAUUAGCCGGCUGAUAAGAGAUUUUAUUUUUAUUUUUUUUAAAUCCUAAAUGAGAUGUGAAAGCAGUUUGGGGGGGGGGGGGGGGGGGGGGUUGGUGAUUUGUGCUGGUGAUGAUGUCAUAA